CCGCCCGCACUCCGUCCUCGAUGUCUCCACCGCGGCGCGGAGCUCCCGUGGCCGCCUCCCCGCCCUCUCGCUCCUCGCCGCCGCCUCCCUCCCGCCCCGCGGUCCGGCGGCGGCACCAUGAAGGUGGAAGCGGGGGACAACUCCAUGAUCAACCUGUCGGUGCAGCAAGUGCUGAGCCUGUGGGCUCACGGCACCGUCCUCCGCAGCCUCACGGAGAUGUGGUACUGGGUUUUCCUCUGGGCUCUCUUCUCCUCUCUCUUUGUCCAUGGUGCUGUGGGAGUAUUAAUGUUUGUGAUGCUGCAGAGGCAUAGGCAGGGGAGGCUGAUAUCUGUCAUUGUGGUCAGCAUUGGAUUUCUGGGUUCUGUAACUGGAGCAAUGAUAACCAGUGCUGCAGUAGCUGGAAUUUACAGAGUAGCAGGAAAGAAUAUGGCUCCCCUAGAAGCUCUUGUCUUUGGCGUUGGACAGACAGUACUGACGUUAAUUAUCUCAUUUUCACGAAUUCUUGCAACGCUUUGAAACUUAUGUAGAAAGGGGGGAGAAAAACAUCUUUAAUCUGAAGAGAAGCUUCCUGAAAGUGGAUUCAUCAGCUUAUGGACUCGAAUUCUAGUGCAAGAGGAAGGAAGCUAUGUGGAAAGUGCACUACAAAUCUCGAGGCUCAGUCAAAUGAGCAGGCUGUCCUCUAGUGUUGGAACUGCUGCACUCCUGCACUGCGCCUUAGCGUGCCUCUGUCACGGGCCAGGGGGAUCUCCGUGUGCCAAGCAGACACGGAGCACCUCCAGCAGCUGCCAGGCAGGUCCUUGCUUGGUGCUGGGAUCACUGUCCUUAACACCUUGGAACGAAACAGAGGGGCCGUCCUGAAGGUUGCUUCGUGUGCCAGACUUGAAGAUGUUUGGUUUAACUCUGAGCGGGUGGCUGGGUAAGCUCUGGAAUGUAGAAGAAUUCUGUGAAUGUGCACAAUUCUCCUUGAAUUCAGGUGAAAUAGCGAGGUAACUGACUUUUGUGUAUUAGAAGAAUCUCUCUGAAUGCUGAAUAUUCUUGUUCAGCAUUCAAAACAACUUUAGAUCUCUUUCAAAAUGUAGAUUAAUUUUGAUGGGGUUUAAGAACCGCAGCUUUAACAACCCUGAUAUAAUUAGCACUAUGUGAAGAAUGGUUCGUGGCAGUUUUGUUCCUUGGCACAUUUCUUUGUGACUUUAGCUAGUCAGAAAUCAGGAGUUUAAGGUGACUGUAUGAAGGUUAUUAAGUACAAGCUGUUGUGUAUGCACAUAAAAAUCUUAAACUGUUGUUUUCCUUGAAAUUACUUUGUCUUAAACAUACACGUUUACCAGCCCUUCUGCAAACCUCAGAAAAAGGAUUCUCAUUGCAAAUAAACUUCCUAUAUUUAAUUAAGCACUGGUAGGACCCUUACCCCUACAUAUAUUCUGUAAGGAAAACACAAAUACAACAAACUCUCAGAAUACACCUAUGAGGAAAAUGAAAAGGGUUAACAAUAUGAUAUAUUGGUUUUCUACUGAACAAAAAUAUUAAGUGUAAUAAAAUAGUUACCAUACUCCAAAAAUUCUUAAGUGGGGCAGCACUAAUGUAUUUACUACCUUGUUUCUGAACACUUUGUAUCUUUGGAAAGAUUAAGAUACCUGGAACUUUCAAAUACUUAGCUUUCAGUGGUUUGUGCUUCUCUAGUUUAAAAGGGACCGAGUGGUGUUGUGCAUGUGAAAUGUCAUAAAUGUGAGUGUUUGGAGUAAAGAGAAAUUUUAAGUCUAAUGACUAAUUAUUUAUGAAAUACAAAAUUUAAAGGGCAUAAAGUUCUGUGAAGAAUAAGGAAUCUUUUACAUCUUUUCUCAGUUUAAUGCUUUUCACAAGUUGUCUCUUAAUGAUGACAGGGAUCACACAAAGGUUUUGCUGUUAUGAUGUCAAAAAGAAUUUCAGGACUGUCACAAACACUGGCACCUACUGCACACCUAAAAGAAUAUGUUUAAAAUAUAAUUUGCAAUCCAGUCAUUGCUUGCACUGAUUGCAUCAAUUUAUCAGUAUGAUAGUAUUUUAAAAUGUAAUGAAUUAACCCGUCUGCCUUUAUCUUAUUCCAUAUACAUUUCUUUAAAAUACUAGGAAUGCUAAUAGUAUUUGUUUUCUUUAAAAACAUCAAAGUCUUGUUUGGAAAACACACAAAGUUAUGGGCUUUGCAGGGAACAAGUUAAAAUAUAGGUUUAUAAAUAUUUUCAGUGUUAUUUUUACUUUUAAUUGCUUCAAAAAUGUGGCUGAAUACAUAUAUUGUCACUGAUUUUUAAUGUCUUCAAAAACUUUCCUGUUUGUUUUUUUGUCUUUCUGCUUAUUAUUUUUGGCACACAACCAUUGCACUUUAAUAGACAAUGAAAUUAUGACAUCUGUAACAAGCAAUGGAAACUUCUCCCCAUUGUCUUAAAUUGUGAGAAAACUGGUUUCAGGUAUUUAAGUCAAACUGAAUAAUAAAGUGAUUGAAGAUAUUUCUCCUAAUGUGCCUUGUUACAUGUAUGUUUAGGGGAGAGGAUUUAAAAAAAUUUUCGCAUCUUUAUUCUUGUUCUAUUUUGAUUAUUUCUAAUUAAUUUGGUUACUUGAUACAGUGUCUUGUUCAACAGACUUUAAAACAUAUUUGACAAUCUGGAAAUGCUUGUCUGGAUCAAAACCAACCACAGUACGAAGCACUAUGUUCACUAAUUUAGAUUGUCUCAUGCCUUUAUCUCACACUGAAAUUUACUCACAGGUUCCAAAUUUCCUUGAACAUCUCAAUCCUUAUAUUUAUAGGAGGCUAUUAUGCUGCCACUGCUCAAUGGCUUGCUGUCUUUCACUAAGUUAAACUACAGCAGACUGCUCCUAGCUGAUGAGAUACAUAUGCUUGUACUGAUGAACUUCAUUCUUCAUUUUAAUUACUGUGCCAAUGAAGUUGUUGCCAUUGUAACUCUCCCCCUUGGACAAGGAGGCAUCUUUGAAGGUUUUAAGCUACCUUUCUUCAAAUAAUUUUUAUUGCAUAGGUACUUGUAUUCACUUUUAAGAUGUUGUCAUGUGCUUAGUUGUCUUUGCAUUGUAUAGCAUUAUUGCCUGGCAACAAAGGACAGGCAGAUAAUGUAAUGCUUAUGUGGCCUAACAGGGACAAGGCUUUAUUUGACAGAAGUUUGUUUUCAGCUGUUUCCUGUGAGGAGUUUAUAAUGAUGAAAAGUUUGCCUGUGAAGUGUUCUUUAAUCACAGCAUGAACAUACUGCUUAAUAACUCCAACAGUGAAAGAAAUUGUAAGUGGCCUUAUGUCUGCAAAACUUGGAACUUUCAUUCCAUAUCCCUAGAAACAACGUUGUUAAGCAUAAGGUGCUUUAGGGUUUAGGUGUGUGUGUGUGUGUGUAUAUAUAUAUAUGAAUGAAUGGUGGCUUUGUGGAGUGUGUUUUUAUACCUGACACACUAACAACUAAAUUAGAUUUUCCAAUAAGAAAUAAAAUUACUUUAGAUAGCCUCCCCUCCUCCUGCCCCUUUUAACUAAGCUACAAAGAUAUCUUGUGUGUGAGUGAAUGGCACAGAUGGUACCCUGGUUCACCCUUGGACAAUGCAGUGUUGUCCACACAGGAUGUUUUAGCACUAUCUUCAAUCAGCUCUGCCUGUCUCUGCAUUGUGUCACUGGGCACAUUCUGCAUUGUGCAGAAAAAUAAUGCAUCGACACAGUUUAAUAUUUGGAAGAAGGGUGAGUACUGAAUAUAUUAUUUAAUGUGGAAAAACUACUGUUUAUUUAGAAGCUGCUUCUAGCAAAGAUUUAAACUUUGCACACAUUUUCAAUUCAUCAGUAUUAUCAUAGAAUUAUAGAAUACCAGGUUGGAGGGGACCUCAUCAAUGGUCUGGUCCAACCUUUCCUGGCAAUAGCAUGGUCUAAACAAGGUAGCCCAGUGCCCUGACCAGCCAAGUCUUUAAAAUGUCCAGUGCUGGGGAGUCCAGUACUUCCCUGUGGAUUUUGUUCCAAUGGCAUUAUUCCGGUGUCCAACUGGAAUAUCACAAAGUAAUUUGUACGCAUGACCCCUCAUCUUUUCCAUGUGACUGCUUGUAAAAAGGGAAUCUUCUUUGUAGCCACCCUUUGAACAUUGGAAUAUGGUGAUAAAGGCUGCUUUAAGCCUUCUUUCUUCAAGGCAGAAUCAAGCUAGUUCUUUGCCUUUUCUCAUAUGUCAGUCUUCCCAGACCUUUGAUUAUCCCUGUGGCCUUUUUCUGGAGCCUUUCCAGUCUAUCCAUGGAUUUGUGUGUUUUUUGCAUGUCAGGGACCAAAGCUGAACACAGAGCACCCAAGUAUUGCAGGUGUGGCCUGUCAUGAGGCUGAGUGAGAUAAUGGGGAUUUUAUCUCUGCUGGUUAUGCCCUUGUUGAUGCAGUCCAUCACAUCAAUGAUCCUGUUGGCUUUGUUUGCCAUAACAGUACACUGCUCACUCACAUGGAGCUGCUUGUUCACCAGGACCCCCAGAUCCCUUUCCACAGAGCUGCUUCUCAGACAAGUCCAUCCCAGCCUGUGCUGCACUCCUGGAUUGUGUUUUGCCAAGUGCAAGAUCUUGUCCUUGUUGAACUUCCUAAAGUUCUCUCUGCAUCUUUUUAGUUCUCAAUGUGUAUUUUUCUGCUUUUCUGGCUCUGGUACACUUCUCUUCUGGGUUUGAGCAAAUUCAGAGGUUCACAGUUAAGCCAAAGAGGUCUCUUGCUCUGCCUCUCGUGACCUUAAAGAGGAUGAGCUGGUUUAGUGUUUCCAGGAGACUGCUGGUGAAAAACUCCCAGCACUCGCUAUCUUCUUUAUCCUCCUUGGCAUCCCUUCCCAUGGGCUAUGAGUGUAGUGAAGCCUUCUCUUCUAAAUCUGAAUUGUUUGUUUUUACACUGACCUUCAGCAUGCUCAGCAGAAUCCCACUACUGUGAUCAUGGCACCUGAGGCUGUCACUGUUUGGGAUUUUGCAGGUUUCCAAGCAGGUUUCCUUGGCUUGUGAGUAGCAAGGCCAGCAGUGCCUCACCCUUGACUGGUACAUCUAACCAUCUGUAUUCCAAAUAUGUCCUCUACAUACUCCAGGAACGUGAUGGAUAACAUGUGGGCUGCUGUAUUGUUCUUCCAACAAGUGUCUAGGCCGCCAAAAUCACUCAUAGAACCAGGUUCUAUUGACCCAAAGCUUAAGUGACCCAAACAUUGUUUAAUUGGUGUUAUUUCCGUGGUUUGGAGAUCAGUAGCAGAUGCUUAUGUGGAGAUUCCUCUUGGAGACAACCUCUCUGACCCUGACUCAGGCAUUCAGUAGAGCUUCCACAAUCGCUGUGCAUUGGUACACAUAUACUGGAGGUGGUUGCUCUUUUGGUUCUCAUCUUGGGAAGCAGCUAAAGAACAUUUUGCACCACUCUAGUUGGCUUGACUUAUUCCCUAGAUCAAAAAAAAUUGUUUUUAUUCAAAACCUGCAGCUGUGUUUCUGGGAAAAAAGCUUCUAAAUAAUUAUUGUCUUUAAUUUUCUGAGUAAUUUUGAGUUUAUGAAACUAAGCUGUAUGCUGUGGCUAGCCAUGAUUUGCUGUUGACUUUUAUUUAAGAAACCAAUGAUUUAACCAGUUUUGAACAUUCAACGAGGAUGUGAAGCUUGUCUACACUUGUCUAAAGUAGCUUUCUGUUUUUGAAGUACAGUUUUGAUUUUGAUAAGGAAAAUAGUAUUUCCCUCUCAAUAUAUUGUACAUUGUUAUUUAUUUUGCUUACAAUUUUUGAGUUCUGUUGUGGGGGGCACAUAUAUAAUGCCCUUUGAGCAGAAACUGUAAUGAAGUCUGAAUAACGAUAGGAACUGUUUUUUUUUUGUUUUAAUGUAUGUAUUUCAUGCACUAGACAUAUUUUAAUAAUACCUUGCCUGCAUUAAAUCUAAGUAUUUAUAUCAUGAGCAUAUUAAACUGGAUGUUUUUGUGCACAGCCAUCCAACAUCACACAUGUAUAAUUCCGGAUGAAUAGACACAAUAGUACUGCUUGGUGUAAUGAAUUGUGGCUUAAUCAGUUAGCCCCUCUCCCCAGAAAGUGACUCUAUAAGGCCUAGAAAUGCAAUUGUGAACCUGACAAUUUUUUUCAGUUGGUCUUCUGUUUCUAGAAAUAGGUUUUUUCAUCUUAUGUGUAUUUCAGUUAAGGGGAAAAACAUGGAGCUAGGUCACAGUUGUCAUCCUAAUAGCACAUCUAAUUCCAAGCAAUUUGAGACAAAACUGAAUUCUGAAUGUUGUUCAUAAAUUAUGAUGUAUUAUUACAUACACAAAAAUGCUAAAGCUUAACUUUUUUCAGAGUUACCAAAAUUUAACAUACAUGCAUCAGCAUAUUGACCUUUUGAAUUAAAACUUUUUCUUAGUCUUUAUAUUGGGAGCAGCCCAAGGUGGAAAGACACUUCAAAUCCUCAGCUGAAGUAAUCAAUGUUCUUUGAGUAGAGAUGAAUUUAAGAGAGCUGAACAUUUUUUUUUGGGCUAAUGGUCAAAUAUUUGGUGGUGAUAUUGGUUACCACCAUCACAACUUUUAAAGUCAGUGGGAAAACUAUUCUGCCCUCUAUUACAGCAGUGAAAUCUUCAUCUGGGUUCAUUAAUUUGUGUAUGUAACUGCACACACUUUUGGAAAAAUGAAAUUUUCGUAGAAAGUAGAAUUCAACCUGAGUACAUAUGUUUGAUAUCCUAAAAUUGUGACAGAUUAUGUCCUGAAGCAUUCUGUUUCUGCUGUUUCCCACAAUUGUACCUGAAGUUAUACAUGAAAUUCAAGCUGUGCAUUAAUUCUUAAUGUAAUCGCAAGGACAUCUCAAAGUCUGUGAAGAUGUAUUACUGCUUGGGGUAUUCUCCCAGUGUAGCAGGUGUAAAAACAAUUUGGCUCUAAAAAAUGAUCUAAAGAAGUAUUUUCUUUCAGGAGCAUAAAUUUUGUCACUUCUAAUUGUUCAUCUUGUAGUUACUGAAGACUUUGGGAAGCUACUGUAUGAAUCCUAGCUGGAUUUGACAGCUGUUGAAGGGAAUGGAUAGUAUAUCCUUUUGUACUCCUUUUGUGGACUGGAAAACACCAACUCUAAGGCAAAGUAAAUACUGAAUAGACAUUUUCAGUAAAAUAAACAAUACUUGAUUGAUACAAAUGGCAUUCCUUUUUAUUUGAGACUUAACUUUCUAGGUUUACUUGAGAAAUUUAGUAUCAACACUGUAAAAUCUAUUUUGGAUUAUCCAUUAAUAUAUGAUAUAUGGGAGCUAAAAAUCUAAAAUCUUUUAAAAUUACUUGGCUAGAGGUUUUAGUUGUUUGAAAUGUGCCUAAAUUUUAUACAGAUAAUGAAAUUUUGAAGGUCCUUAAUAUUUUGGGUGUUUUAGAGGAUGAUCAGGUAUCUACAGAACUAAACUUUUGACUGUGCCAAUGUUUAGAAUAGCACACAAUUCUUCAGAAGUGAUUCCAGAAACCAUCAAGAAUAAAUACCUAUUUUACAGUUAGAAAAAGUAUUUAGAAUCUGUAUUGAUAACUUGAGCAGUUGUACUAUAAGCUUUACAAAUGCAAGUAUUAUAACUAUUUGGAUUUGGCUGAACAAAUAGGAGGAGACGAAAACAGGAAUUUGAAAAUCUUUAAAAAUGACAAAGGUAAAAAAUAUCCAUUAGUCCACUGACAGACUUGUGCUCCUUCAGUACUGCUUUUCAUCAAGCAUGACUUAAACAAUAGAACAUUGUUAGUGUCUUGCCAUAAACUGUCUUGUUGAUAGAGUGCAUUUUUUGAACUUGUAUUAGAAAUAGAUGUUCAUAUCUUCACUUUUUGAAGUUACCUAAGCUAAAGUGUUGUGACCUAGGCAUUGUUACUAAGCUCAAAGGUAGUAACAGCAAUGAUGGAGAAGAGUGAUUUAACAUUUAGUUGACUUAUGCUUUGUACAGGACUCUCUUAUAGUGUGCUAAAGGUACUUGUUUUUAGUGGUGGAUGUACUGCAUGCUCAUGUAACAGUUUAGCUCCAGUUACAAAAAAGAUGGCAUUUAAGUUGUAAAUAAUGUAUACUACUAUAUUUCAUUUUUUUAACCAACUUUUUUAUUUCCCUGUUUGUGUACAGUUCACUGUGUACAUAUUAAAAAAACCACAACAUUUUGAGGAACUUUUGUAGUUACUUUUUGCAUUUUGUGUUAAUAACCUCAAUAUGUCCAUUCAGCUGUCUGUUUAGUUUGAAGUUUUCAUUGCAUGCUUUCAGGUUUUUUUUGAAAAACAGCAAUAACAUUUGGACAAUUAUUUAAAGUAAAAUAUUCUUCUGCACAAUUUCCACUUGCAUUCUUUAGAAUGUAGACACAGUGGAACAGUUGUCCAACUGUAAGAUUUAAAGAAUCUUUAUGUAAUUAUUUAUAUUUCUUUUAUUUUUUUUUUGGUUGUAGGAAAUGUCUUAUAAUAGCUUAUAAACAGAAUUUACAAGUUAAACAUGGUUUCUCAUGCUCCUUUAUUUAACUAAAGUUUUCUAUUAAAAUAUUUUCAUAAACUUUCUGUAGCUUAUUGCAUGUUCUUCUGAGUAAUCAUGAAGCAAUGUGUCAACCUCUGUAUGAAAUACUCCGACAACACAAGUUUUACCUUUUGUGAAUCUGGUUGAAAUGUACAGAUGUACACAUAAAAUAAAGCUAAAAUUAGUAAUUAAAUGAUGUACCUUCUUGUAGACCA